CGAGGGGCGGGGCGGGCCGGCUCUGGUGGUGGUGUUUGCUGGGUGCCCCCGCACCUGCCCUUCGCUCCGCUUCAGUCUUGCCCUGGUCGCCCUGUCUUCAUGGCCCGGGAAAGGGAGCCACGACUGCAGGGAGUUGCUUCUGCGUGAGCGGCUUGUGCCACGACUUUCCGAGUUCUGGGUGUCCUCCGCAUUUCCCUCCCAAGUCUCCCUGUAUCCAGGGAGAGCCGUGUUUGGUGUUUUACAUCCAUCUGGCGACAUUCCCAUGACCCACGUGCCGGUCGUGGGACCGCCCACCAGCGCACUUCCAGUGUGUGGGAGCCCCGCCGGGCGGGCCCGCAGCCUGGGACGCGCUGCCCGCUCGCUGUGGGCGGCCGCCUCUUUCUCACUGGACUCGCAGGAGCUGGUUCUAGAGUAGCUUGUUGAGAGGUGGAUGCUUCGGGUGACUUGGACUCGUUAUAGCUCUGCAAGUGGUCUUACCUGCUGGUUUGCCUGGAAUAAAACCCCAGGAGCAGAAUUGUCACUGAGAAUUGUGAAACCAUGGCCCGUCUUCCUGAGCUGGUGUUUCUGUUGGGAAGCUUCACGCCUUCUUGUUUUGGGGCCCUGCAAGCUUGUAGAGCAAGCAUGUCAAACUUGCGGCCCACAACGAAUAUUUUUGCGGCCCAGCCAAUAUAACGCUGCCACCAUUCUGGGACUUUGCUCAAUCCACAUCUGCAACCCGGACCCCAGCUGUGCCUGGAUGGCUCCACCUAGCCCCACUGUCCCCCAGCCCCACAUGUCCAGUGCUGCACUAGCCUCUCCUCUGUGCUGCUUUAUCUGAAGGAGCCGAACCAUCCAUCUGGCACCCGGAGCACACUGACCAAGCUCCCACCUUCCUCCUGGAGUGUGACAGUUCGGUGCUGGGUGCGCUGCAGAAGCACCUGGUGCUGCACAAGAUUCGGCGGAGGGUCACGGUGGAGCCAUGCCCUGAGUUGCACGUUUGGGCCGUUUUGCCAGCCACUCCUCAGGAGGUGGGUGGGGCUGCGCCACUGCCCAAGCACCAGGGCUCUGCCAUCCUCGCCCGUGACCCCCGCACUACCCGCAUGGGCUGGCGGCUUCUCACCCAGGACAAGAGCCCUGCCCUGGUGGCCAGGGGCAGGCUCAGGGACGUCUGCGAUUAUCACCGGCACCGGUACCAGCAAGGUGUUCCUGAGGGGGUCCACGACCUGCCCCCAGGAGUGGCCCUACCCCUGGAGUCCAACCUGGUCUUCAUGAACGGUGUCAGCUUCACCAAAGGCUGUUAUGUUGGCCAGGAGCUGACAGCCCGCACCCACCACACGGGUGUCAUCCGAAAGCGCCUCUUCCCAGUGCAGCUCUUGGGCCCCCUCCCUGAGGGUGGCAUCACCCCUGGCACCACGGUGCUCACUGAAUCUGGACAGGCUGUCGGCAAGUUCAGGGCAGGCCAGGGGGAUGUGGGGCUGGCCCUGCUGCACUCAGAGAAAAUCAAGGGCCCGCUCCACAUCAGAACCACAGAGAGCGGCCGGGUGGCCCUGACUGCAUCUGUGCCAGACUGGUGGCCCACAGCCACCAAGUAGCCCAGGCGUCCCUGCACUCCCACAGGGCGCCUCUGUCCCCCUCUGCACACUUGCAGGCUGGCCCUGUGAAGACAUGCCUCCUUGGAAGGUCCCGAGUGUUCGUGGGAUUCCUGCGGCUGCAGGUGUGCCAGGCCUUUCCAGCCGCCGUGCUUCCAGCUGACACCUGCCUCUGCUGGUGGCUCUGUGCUGGAGGAGCCAGAAGCAAGCCUUGCACCUGCCACAGCUGAGCUGAGCCCCAUAUGCCAGCACACCCAGAUGAGUUCCAAACCGUGUUGCUCUGGAGGCCAUUUGUCCAUCAGCCAAGGACAGGAGUGAGAAGCUGUGCUUGCGGGGCCUUCCCCCACCGCCUGCACCACUCAGCCGGCUUCAGGGCAGGCCUGGCACCGAGGCGGUGCAGCCAAAGGAUGGCAAGGGGCAGGUGGCUCUGGGAAUUGUCUUUCAUGCGGGCUUGGGGCAUGUCUCAGGUCAGCAAUCAUAUGUGGCAGGUGUGGUGGUCGUUUUGGUGGAUGGAGGCACCAGCUGCCCACCGGCACCACAAAAUGUUCUCCAAUCGCACCUCUGCGCUCAGGGUGCUGGCCAUAGGAGCCCUGGUACCAUUUCACAGGGGGCACUCCAGCUCCACAGCAUUGGCCCCUUGGUGGCCUGGGCAGCCACUCCUCCUUCCUGAGCCUGUGUGCAGAGAGGAGCUUCUGCUUGGUUUACCACCGCUGUUUUCUGAUGUGACCAGGCCCCCUUUAAACCGCUGAUGUCCAUCCUCCCACUGCAGUGUGAUUGACAUUAUGGGUGACCCACUGGUGCCUCAGAGUGAAUAUUAAAGUUUGACUUACAAGCGGCUCA